CGAUAGAAAAAAGGGAAGGCCGGCGCACGCUACUAUAUAUAUAUAUCCGGAGAUCCUCUAAUUCGAAGAAACCCUAACCCACCUAGAAAUUCCCAAUUCCAAAAAAAGAUUUAGAGGAAAAUGGGGAGCUCAGAUUUCUCAUGGAAGCUUGCCGAUCAUCCUAAGCUUCCAAAGGGGAAGACGGUGGCCGUUGUUGUUUUGGAUGGAUGGGGCGAGGCUAAUCCUGAUAAGUAUAACUGUGUUCAUGUUGCCGAGACGCCAACUAUGGAUUCGCUCAAAAAUGGAGCUCCUGAAAAAUGGAGAUUGGUAAAAGCUCAUGGCACAGCAGUAGGACUUCCUACCGAGGAUGACAUGGGGAAUAGUGAAGUAGGUCACAAUGCAUUGGGUGCUGGCCGGAUAUACGCUCAAGGAGCUAAGCUAGUUGAUCUGGCUCUUGCCUCCGGGAAGAUAUAUGAUGGAGAAGGCUUUAAGUACAUUAAGGAAUGCUUUGAUCAUGGUACUCUACAUCUUAUAGGUUUACUGAGUGAUGGAGGUGUGCACUCUCGACUUGAUCAGUUACAGUUGUUGCUGAAAGGUGCUGCUGAGCGAGGUGCCAAAAGGAUCCGAGUGCAUAUCCUUACUGAUGGUCGUGAUGUUUUGGAUGGUUCAAGUGUAGGCUUCGUGGAAACACUUGAAAAUGAUCUCCUGCAGUUGCGAGAGAAAGGUGUCGAUGCGCAAAUUGCCUCUGGUGGUGGACGGAUGUAUGUCACCAUGGAUCGCUAUGAGAAUGACUGGAGUGUUGUUAAGCGUGGUUGGGAUGCCCAGGUUUUAGGUGAAGCACCUUACAAGUUCCAUACUGCUGUAGAAGCUGUGAAAGAGCUGCGGAAGGAACCCAAGGCUAGUGAUCAAUACUUGCCCCCUUUCGUUAUAGUUGAUGAAAGUGGCAAAUCAGUUGGACCUAUAGUGGAUGGUGAUGCAGUGGUAACAUUUAACUUCAGGGCAGAUCGCAUGGUUAUGCUUUCUAAAGCGCUUGAAUAUGCAGAUUUUGAUAAGUUCGACAGAGUUUGUGUUCCAAAGAUUAAAUAUGCUGGAAUGCUUCAGUAUGAUGGUGAAUUAAAGCUUCCAAGUCGCUAUCUUGUUACUCCUCCAGAGAUAGAGAGGACGUCGGGUGAAUACUUGGUGAAAAAUGGUGUCCGGACUUUUGCUUGCAGUGAGACUGUCAAAUUUGGUCAUGUCACCUUUUUUUGGAAUGGAAAUCGCUCUGGAUAUUUUGAUGCAAGCAUGGAAGAAUAUGUUGAAAUUCCAAGUGAUCAUGGAAUCACAUUCAAUGUCCAGCCCAAGAUGAAGGCUGUGGAAAUUGCUGAGAAGGCAAGAGAUGCUAUCCUUAGCAGGAAGUUUGACCAGGUCCGUGUUAACCUUCCUAAUUCAGAUAUGGUGGGACAUACUGGUGAUAUAGAGGCUACUGUUGUGGCUUGUAAAGCUGCUGAUGAAGCAGUAAAGAUGAUCCUAGAUGCUGUAGAACAAGUGGGUGGGAUCUAUGUCGUAACUGCUGAUCAUGGGAAUGCUGAGGACAUGGUGAAGAGAAACAAAACCGGCCAGCCACUGCUUGACAAAGCCGGGAACAUUCAGAUUCUUACUUCCCAUACUCUUCAGCCAGUCCCAAUUGCUAUUGGAGGCCCAGGGCUUGCACCAGGAGUCAGAUUCCGCAAUGAUGUACCCGGCGGUGGUCUUGCCAAUGUUGCUGCCACAGUUAUGAAUCUCCACGGUUUUGAGGCACCUAGUGAUUACGAGACAACCCUCAUUGAAGUUGUUGGUAACUGAUUAAAAGGCUUGCUACAGUAUAAAAGCAAGCAACUGUUAUAUCUUUUCGUAAGCAACUGUUAUAUCCUUUCGUAAGCAACUGUUAUGUCUUUUCGGAUUAAGGUCGGGAUGGUUAUAAAUACCAUUGGCUUAAAUUCUCUGAGUGAUGUCUGAAUAAUGAUUCACUGGUAAGAAAUCUCUCUUAAAAUUUUAGGAGGGAAUGAGAAUUUUGGGAGAUGUAUUUUGUGAUAUUGUAAAAUGCAAGGUCACACCCUGAACUACAACAAAGAUUUAUAAAUAUUGGUUUCGUGGUA